CGCGGAAGCAGAACGUUUCACAUUGGAACGCAUGCAUGGCUGCUUCUAAGGCUGCAGUUGGGGAGACCCUGAAUUUUAAUGUCGGGGUGCUGGGGCACAUUGACAGCGGUAAAACCUCUCUGGCCAAGGCGCUUAGCACCACGGCCUCCACCGCCGCCUUUGACAAAAACCCACAGAGCCGGGAGCGGGGGAUCACGCUGGACCUGGGCUUCUCCUCGUUCACCGUGCCGCUGCCGGAGCACCUGAGUGACACCGGCUACAAGAGACUACAGUUCACCCUGGUAGACUGCCCGGGCCAUGCUUCCCUCAUCAGGACCAUCAUAGGGGGUGCACAGAUCAUAGAUCUCAUGAUGCUGGUCAUUGACGUAACCAAAGGCAUGCAGACCCAGUCUGCCGAGUGUCUGGUUAUUGGACAGAUUGCUUGCAACAAGAUGGUGGUCGUCUUAAACAAAAUUGAUUUGCUGCCAGAAAACAAAAGGCAAGCGGCUACUGAGAGGAUGACCAAGAAGAUGCAGAAGACUUUAGAAAAUACUAAAUUCCAUGGUUGUCCUAUUAUCUCUGUGGCCGCAAAGCCUGGAGGACCAGAAGCCCCAGAAUCGGAAACUGCUCAGGCGAUCCCUGAAUUAAUCGAGCUCUUGAAGUCUCAGGCCUACUUGCCUCGUAGAGAUCCCUCAGGGCCCUUCCUCAUGGCUGUUGACCACUGUUUCUCCAUCAAGGGUCAGGGCACAGUGAUGACAGGUACCAUCCUCUCUGGAUCUGUCAGUCUUAAUGACAACGUGGAGAUCCCAGCUUUAAAGGUGUGUAAAAAGGUGAAAAGCAUGCAGAUGUUUCACCAACCUGUCGGCAGCGCUAUGCAGGGCGAUCGCCUGGGAAUCUGUGUAACUCAGUUCGAUCCAAAGCUAUUAGAAAGAGGCCUUGUCUGCACCCCAGACUCACUGCACACAAUACAUGCAGCCAUAAUAUCGGUGAAGAAGAUCUCCUAUUUUAAAGGGUCACUUCACACAAAAGCCAAGUUCCAUAUAACAGUGGGCCAUGAAACCGUAAUGGGGAAAGUCAUGUUUUUCAGUAUGCCUCCUCCUCAUCUCAACAAAGAAGAAUCUACACAAUGUUUUGAUUUUGGGAAGGAAUAUUUGUAUCAGGACAGCUAUGUCACCAAGGACUCAGAUGCGGAUAAAGCAGAUGGUCUUCAGGGAGACGAGCUCCUUCCCAAGCAGCAGUGGGCCUUACUAGAGUUCGAGAAGCCAGUCACGUGUCCCAAGUUGUGCCUUGUUAUUGGAUCUAAAUUGGACACUGAUAUACAUUCAAACACCUGUCGAUUAGCGUUUCAUGGAGUCCUGAUGGAAGGGGCGGAAGACAAGCACUACUCUGAGACUUUUCUACCAAAGCUUAAAGUCUUCAAAAUGAAAUACAAGGAAGGUCAAGUUGAGAGGGUGAAUGAUGACUACAGUGUGAUUGGACGUUCCCUUUUCAAAAAGGAGACAAAUAUCCAGCUGUUUGUGGGACUGAAGGUGAAGUUGUCCACAGGAGAGGAAGGCACCAUUGAAGGAAGCUUUGGGCAGAGCGGCAAGUUCAAAGUCCGAAUCCCCAAUGGUCUUAAGCCAGAAACAAAGCAAGUUCUUGGAGGUUCCUCAAAAAAGAAGACCAAAGCAGGUAAAGGAGACGCAGAACUGGCCAAGGAAGAAGAAAGUCGAGCAGACAGUCAACCUAUACUCAUCACAUUGGCCUUCAAAAGAUACGUGUUUGACCCACAGAAGAAGAUGAUUCAGUCUUGAUUCCUGAUCUGGUGACAUUUAAAAUAUUCACUUGAGCAUUUCUGGCCCUGACAGGACUGUAUGUAAACGUAAAUUCAUAUAAAUUUUUAUCUGAAAUAAUUAUUUUUAGGAUAUAUAUUGUCAAAAACAUAUGUAUAUCGACAGAUAGAUAUACAUUAUAUGAUUCCUUUAAUCAGGCAGUGACCAAAUGCAGGAUUACAUUGAAAAAAAAAAGACUGUUCUAGAUAGGAAGGUAUGCAGCCUAAUAAAGAUGAGUGUACAACCCAAGAAGACAACUGCAGCAUGUAAGGGAGGAUCCUGUGACUGUCCACAUCAUUGGUUGCAUGCCGAUUCGUUCACCUUGCUGGACUAUAAGGCGAUGUUUACACACUGGCGUGUGGAUUCUGUUUCUAAAUUUUCAUUUUCAUGUCCUGUAUCCAGUAGUGAGCGGGAUAUUGUAUAUCUUAUUUGCAUAGUGUAGAAAAAUCCUCUUACAAAUACAUGUUAGAUUUGCCAUAGGCAAAGCCCAAAUGUGUGAAUAUACCCUGAAGUCCUUGUGGAUUUCACCAUAUUAAUGGGGGAGAGAGAUAAGUUAAGGCCGGGGGUGAAAGAAAUGAGUUAAUGCCAGUGGGGGAGAGAGAUGAAUUUUGCCAGGCCCAUGUGGUGCAGCUUUUAUAACUGGGGAUUCACAGGAUCAGACUGAUCAAUAUCCAGCUUGUCCCAUUUGUGCUAUGCCUAACAGUUUGUUUCCAUAUACAUUGAAAGGGAUAUCCAGCAAUAGAAAAACAGAGUUAAUUAUUUAAAAAAAACAGCUCUACACCUGUCUCCAGGUUGUUUGUGAUUUUGCAGCUCAGUUCCAUUGAAGUAAAUGGAGCCAAGUUGUAAUACCACACCCAACCGUAGGAUAAUUUAACAAAGCUUGUAUAUCAGUUUUCUGUUAUAUAAAAGUAGCUUAUUUUUGCACAUGCCUCAUAUGCACAAAAAAUGUUGCUUUUUCCCCCUUGAACACCACUUUUGCCACUUGGGCAGGGCUUAGUAAGAGUGGCUGUGGUUUUCAUUAACAGGGUGGAUUUACUAUAACUUGCAUAAGUGUGCCAGAAAUACUGAUACAGUUCAUGCAUCUGUCGCUUAAUACAUUUGGCACAGUUCACUCUGGCAGAGAUUGACUUAAAAGGCUACUCUGCCCCUAGACAUCUUAUCUCCUAUCCAAAGGAUAGGAGAUAAGAUGUCUGAUCGCGGGGGUCCCAUGGCUGGGGACCCCUGCGAUCUCCCUACUGCGCCCGGUGUUUGUUUAGAGUGUCGGGUGCAGCGCUGGAGGCUCGUUAUGUCACGGCCACACACCCUCAAUGCAAGUCUUUUGGGGGGGGGGGGGGGGCGCGUGAUGGCCGCCACACCCCCUCCCAUAGACUUGCAUUGAGGGGGCGUGCCCGUGACGUCACGAGCCUCCUCCCCGCAUCGCCAUUCAUCCGGCACAGAGUGAAGUUCGCUCCAUGCACCGGAUGUCUGGGGUGCCGCAGCCAAGAUCGCGGGGUCCCCAACGGCGAGACCCCCACGAUCAGGGGCGCUUUAAGGCUGACAUAUAAAACAUCAGUAAAUUCCCCUUUAAUGUUUUCGUGGAUUAGCUCACAAUUAGGCCUCAUCAGUAAUAACAGAUCAGUGGUUUCAUGGUUGUUACAAUGGUAUGUGCAGCCAUACACCUGAAUUAUGCAACAUUGGGAUCUAUUUGUGAAAAGGAUUCCUAUGUAAAAUGAUUCCAAUCAUUGCAAGUAUCUUGUGCCCAAGAAGUGAAAAAUAUAGAAAUUGGGUUUAAAUGAGGGCAACUUGUUUGGCUGCUCUUACACGGUGCAGUUUUUGCUGCAGCUUUGAAGCCAAAACCAGGGGUGGAUCAUAAUGAAUUACAUAAUAUACAAAACCUAUUCUAUUUCUUCUUUUUUGUCACUUUGAAUCCAUUCCACACCAGCAGAGGAUUUAAAAAAAAACUGUAGAAGUAGCAUCUGUUCUUUAUAUUAUCUAAUUCAUUAUGAUCCAUACCUGCCUUAUGUCUAUGGGCAGUUUUAUUGAAUGCCAGAUUAAUAGAAUUGUAUUAAUAAUUUUAUUAUAAUUGGAUUAUUAUGCUUUCUUAAAUACAAUAUAAAAAGAAAUUGUGCUUACCAAAGAUGAAUUGUUUAAACUUGCAUGCUUUACUCCUAUCAGAGGCAGAAAUAGUUUUAGGCUUAAAGGGGUUUUCUGGAAUAAAAAUAAAUAAAUAAAAACUUUAUUCCAAAUCCUCAGUUCAGGUAUAUUCUCACCAUUGAAUCCUCAGAAAAUGAUGUAUAAUUUUUUCAUCAAGAUAAACAGUAUGACAACCACAAAGUAAAGUCUUAAUGUACACCAGUGUUCUCAGUUCACUAUAACUCAUCAGAGCUGGUUUCCACUCCUUAAGUCCACCAUGCAGACAAGUCAUAAAUGUGCAUCACAUGUUAAAGGGGUACUUCACUGGCCAGCGUUCGGAAGUAAAUGUUCCGAACGCUGUUUUCAUACUGCGGGGGUCGGCCACGCCCCUUGUGACAUCAUGAUCACGCCCCCUCAAUGCAAGUCUAUGGGAGGGGGCGUGAAGUACCCCUUUAAUGGUAUUCCAAAAGAAGUUAAAGGGGUAUUCCAGGCCAAAACCUUUUUUCAUAUAUCAACUGGCUCCGGAAAGUUAAGCAGA